AUGAAGGGCAUUUUUUGUGUGUUCAGGCAGCUUUACAACGAUCGUCAGCAAAGGCUAAUGGAGUUGCAGUGUGUGCCGGAUUUGGAUGAGCAAAUGAAACAGAUCGAUAUCAAUAUUGUCAAUGAACUUGAUAAGAUUGUGGCUCAACAACAGAAUACGUUAUGCCGUGCCGGAGUUCCUGGCUUUCGAAUUACAACGUAUCCUCGAGAAAUCGAACUGCAGAUGGCUAUUAUUAGCUUUAUAUUGACAGUUCGAUCUCGUUUUCCUUGA